GUGUAUGAAUUGGGAAUUAGCUUUCCUUUGUUGGUGUGAGUAUUGAUGGUUAUUUUGUGUUUUGUAUUUAUAUGUUUCUUUUCUAAAUCAUAUUUUUUGUUCAUAUGUUUUUUAUUAUGAUUGGGUUUUAUGGCAAGGGAAGACAGCAAGAGCUAGAUCAGAAUACGACUACUAGAGAACAAGCUAGCCAUCAUUGGAUCUAUAGUUUUUGGAAGGAGUUUAUCAGAGCUUCAAACCACAUUCAUCCAAUCUGAAAAUCCGAUCCCAUUUUUCAGGUAAUUAAGAAUAAUUUGAAAAGAAAAAAUAAUACAUGGGCAUACCAACAUCUAGCAUGUAGGUCUGCACUCAUGACUAAUUUAAAAAAUUUCUCUUUAGCUCGUUUCAAUAUUUAUUAUUAGUUGGUUGUGUAAUAUAGACUAAAGAGAGGCUAGGGAGCAAUGGAGAUUCAACAUUUCAGCCACAAUCAUCCAUUAACGGACGGCAUCUACGAAUGGUCUUAUGAUCGCUGUCAAAUAUGUGAUGAAAAUUUUGAAUGGUCUUAUGAUCAUUAUGGAUGCGAUGACUGCCAUUUCUACAUACAUAAAUCAUGUGCUAAAUAUUCUCGUGAGUUGCAGCACCCCUCACAUCCCCAUCAUCUUCUCCCCAAACUAAGUCAUAUGGAACCAUGCGCUAAUUGCAGCUCUGAUGUGAUGAAGUUUAAAUAUAGUUGUUCUCAUUGUGAUAAAUUUUAUCUUUGUCCUAAAUGUGCAUUUCUACCACCCACCAAAAAAACUGAAAAUCACGACCAUCCAUUGACCCUUAUACAAACAUUGUCGUCAUUCACGUGUGAUCAUUGUUUGAAAGAAGGCAAUGGCAUGCCUUACUUUUGUCCCACCUAUUUGUUUAUGGUCCAUCCAGAAUGUACAUCUUUACAAUUGACUAUACAACCAUCUACCAUUCAAGCUGCAAUUCACGACCAUCCAUUGAGCCUUAUGCCAGCACUUAUGAUCUCCCUUACUUGCAAUGCUUGUGAGAAUAAAACUAAGGGUAGGUUUUACUUUUGUGCCACUUGUUCAUUUGUGGCCCACCUAGAUUGUGCCCUUUUACCAUCAAUUGUCAAAGUCAUAAGGCACAAGCAUCCUCUCAGACUCAUCUACUCUCUUCCAGCCGACCAAUCCAAACGUAGAGUGUGCCAACUGUGUGCUAAGCCAGUGGAUAUGAACUCUUGGGUUUAUUGUUGCUCAAGUCAAGAUUUUGUUACUCACCUUUAUUGUGCUACAAGCAAGGAAGAAAGAGACGAAACGUUUGUGCCGAACUCUAAAGAGGAUCAUCGUAAUAAAUCUAUUGACUUAUCGCCAUACAUUAUCAAAAAGACCAAACAAGGAGGAGACAGAACUGAAAUACCUAUAGAAAUCCAGCAUUUCAGUCACGAGCAUUACUUAAAACUCACCGAUGAGCUUGGGAUUGACGAAAAGUGCGAUAGGCGCAUGCAGUCUAUCUUGCCUCCAUUUUAUGCAUGUGCUCAAUGUAGAUUCUUUCUUCACAAAUCUUGUGUUGAAUUACUAAGAGAAUUGAGAAACUCACUUCAUCAACACCCCCUCAAACUCCUCUUGAGAGAAAAAAAGCCUUUUCGGUGUGAUGCUUGUGCACUUCCAUGUAAUGGCUUCGAUUAUCGUUGUGACGAAUGCGACUUUGACCUUGAUGUUCAAUGCAGUUUAAUGACUGAUGAUAUCCUUACACAUCCUAGUCAUGAACAACACCUACUAAUUCUUGCUCGCUCAUCAGAAGAAAAAAUGUGUAAUUCUUGUAGAUCAAAAAGUAAACACAAUUUUCAUUGUGUUGAUUGUGAAUUCACUUUGGACUUCAAGUGUUUUAAACAACCGCAUACGUUUAACUACGAGGAACAUGAUCAUCCAUUCACACUUUGUUAUACUCCAGAAGAUGCAUCUGAUGAAUAUUACUGUGAUAUUUGUGAAGAAAAGCGAGAUCCAAAGUGUUGGUUCUAUUAUUGUGCCGAUUGUAGUUAUCCUGCUCAUCCUGAAUGCAUUCUCGGGCAAUAUCAAAAUCUCAAGUUUGGAAAAACUUUCAAAUAUGAUAUUUAUCAGCACUCUUUUGCUUUGGUUCAAAAGACUUCUCGAUUCUUGAAAUGUGAUAAUAUUGCUAAUUGUAUAGAUUUAACUUAUGAAUGUGAUGAGUGUAAUUUCAUUGUUCACCAAUGGUGCUUAUAA